UCUUACGUCCAGCAAACCACUAGCUUGCUUCAAGCAGUUCCUUAUUUACUUCUUCUUGCACUUUUUAUGGUGGAUUGUGUUACUUAUUUAUGGAACAUAAUUACUGUUUACCGUCUGCCGCUGGUUCUGUCAACAAGGACAGCUCCCGUAAGCAUGUACGGGCCAACCAACCGAACCAAGAAGAGUUUGGGACAAGAGGAGAGAUAGAGCGAGGAUCAAUAUCGGUGUUGCAUUUUGGAGAGAGCUUCACGACAAACUUCAACUAGAAAGAGAUGCCGAUCUCACUUGUGUUUUAAUCGACAGGUCAGUUUGAGAUUCAGAAACCAGAAUGUCCAGCACUGGUCCAGCAAACACAAACUCUUCAACAUUCGUCAUCCAGGUUCAACCAGCAACACAAGCAACACCUGUUACGACGGUGACACAUGCUCCCGUGCCUCUUUGGGGAAUUCAGGCGUUUCUGAAAGGCCAACCGAAAGCCCUUGGGACGGUCCAGAUAAUGAUUGGUCUGCUGACACUCCUGUUUGGCAUUGUGUCUACAUUUAAUGGAUUUUCCGCCUUUGUCAUUAGUGGUGUUCCUUACUGGGGAUCUAUCAUGUACAUUACCUCAGGAGCACUCUGCAUUGCUGCAGAAAAUCAAAUAAAUUCACCCUCCAGUUUGUGUUUGGUGAAUGCUUCACUUGGAAUGAACAUUUUUAGUACUAUAACAGCAGGCAUCUCCAUUAUUUUUAUUUCACUGGAUUUGGUUAUGAGGCCAUACCCUUACUGUACCACAUACUGUUAUGUAUUUGGAAUGUAUCAGGUAUGUCAACUUUUACAUUCACACUUUAUAGAAUAUAGAAAUUAUUAUACUCACACAUUUAUAUUGUUACUUUUAUUUGUGUUAUGUUUACAUUUUUCUCAGACUCUCUUCAUUGGAAUCAGGGUGGUGCUGCUGUUAUUCGCCGUGCUUGAGUUUAUCAUCUCCAUCUGUCUUUCAGCAUUUGCUUGUAAAACCUGCUGUUGUUCUUCUCAGGAUCAGGGACGAUGAGAUACCUACGACAUCAUGUAUCACGGAAAUGAUUAGCCCCUGGCCUGAGAAACUCUCAAACUGUGCAGCUCAUUCAGUCUUCAUUCCUUAAAAACUGUAUAUUUGCUUUGUUUAUAAGUAAGCAAACUACCAG